AUGGGUCAACCACUGAUUGGGAAGACUACUGCUACAGAUUUUGGAGUUCUUAGAGACCUGAAUCAAAGUAAGGUAUUCUCCAAACUUGAUAUUCGCUGGGCGUACCCCCAGAUUGAGUUAACACCAGAAUCACGCAGCAUUACAACAUUCCAAACUCACCAAGGCAUGUAUCGGUUUAAAAGACUUAUGUUUGGCAUUAGUUGUGCCGCAGAGUUGUAUAAUAAAAUCAUACAACAGGUUCUGAGAAAUUGUCCAGGUGUCAAUAGUAUAUUUGACGACAUUGUUGUACAUGGAGCGUCACAGAGCGAACACAACAAGAACUUGGAUAAACCCCUACAAACACUUCGUGAAAAGGGAUUGACAUUAAACUUGGAUAAAUAA